AUGGGGCCGUGCGUGCCGCCGCUCCUGCUACUGAUGCUGCGGGCGCUGCUGCUCGCCCCAGCCAGCCGUCCGGUGACUGCGCUGAGUACGCGCUCCAGACGCGUCCAGGGCCCAGGGCUCCCCGCCCUCCCGAAGCGGGGUGGGGAGUCCGGAGUGGCGCUCCUGCGCGGGACAGCUCAGCUGCUGGCGUCCCUGGCCGCCCCUCACGUCGCGUCUGCGAGGGCCCUGCUGUCACACUCUUCCCUGUUCUCUGCGACGUCCGCCCCCCUCCCGGGGGCCCUGGCCCAGGGGCCUCUGCUGUGGGAGCUGCCCAGGGAGGGUCCCCCUUCUGUCGCUCAUGUGGGAGCAGACCCUAGCCUUGGUGGUGGUUCCCGGACGGCAGAAACACUCGCUUUAGGCCGGGCAGCUUCACAGGAGGGCGUUGAGGGCGUGGCAGAGGAGGACCCCGGACCGCGGCAGGGUAGGGCGUCCGCCACUCGUGGGACGCACGCCAGGAUGGCCGCUGAGCUUGCCGGGCCCUGCUUCCAGGUUGAAGAAGCCGCAGCGGAAGAGGUACGGCCUUCUGGCCAACACCGAGGACCCCGCGGAGAUGGCCUCGCUGGGCAGCGACGAGGAGGUCGUCUUCGAGACGAGGAGUCUGAGAUGAUGCUCAGGUCAGGGAGGCAGCUGCGUUUCCAGAAGCCCUGGGGAGAGGACAGGAGACGGAACUGGCUCCACCCACUGACCUGCUGGCUCUGACACAGCCCCCGGAGCUCGUGUGGGUCCUGGCCGGCUCGCCUGCGCUGCCGGAGGCCGCCUUGCCCUUCGCCCAGCCGGGGCUGUCCAGGAUGGUGGGCGGGGCCCAGGGAGGCCCUGGAGGCCUCACGCAGGACCCUGAGACUGGCGGGACUGUGGCCUGUGCUGCUCGCCCUGCUCCGAGGGGCCGGGCGGCCCGAGGGCCUGUCUGGGAGCAUGUCCCCACCGGGCUGGAGGCAAUAAAAGCAGCAUUGUGGCCAGC